GUGUGGCAGGGACAUGAGGAAGAGGCGGCGGAGGGAGAGAGGAGGAGGGGGCGGCGGUGGGGGCGUGAAACUGCCGUAGCUUUUCUCUGGGCUGGUGGUGUGGCUUUGUGCGGAGGGCGUAGUUCGUAACCCCCUCUGCAGGCACCGCUGGGGCUCGGGGCUGACAGCGGCCGUGGAGCCGCUUCCCCGGGCCCCCUGGCUCCGCCAUGUUCCGUAGGGCACGCCUUAGCGUGAAGCCGAAUGUCAGGCCUGGUUUAGGCGCCAGGGGCUCCUCCGCCCCCAAUCCCCAGCGUGGACAAGAGUCUCCCAGGCCGCCGGAGCCUGCGGCAGACUCAGCUCCAAAGCCAGAGGAGCCCACGGAUGUGCCCGCGGCGGAUUUCAGGGGAGCGGAGCCUCAAGAAAAGGCUACUAGGAGCAGUGAUGAAAAGACUGGUGGUGAGAACGAUGUUGAAGAAUCCAGUAAAUCAUCUCCUACUGUUUCACAGAGAAGAAAGCGAAUAUCAAGUAAUUCUAGUCUGGUUAAACCUAGUGUCAGUGUCGCUUCAGAAUCUCAUCCUUUAUCAGUAGUUAAUCAAGAAGCUCCACAGCCAAACCCCAUUCCAACAAAAGAGAAACAGCCAUGCUCAGACAGAUACCGAGUAUAUAAGGCCCAGAAACUGAGGGAAAUGUUAAAAGAAGAAUUGAGAAAAGAGAAGAAACAAUGGAAAAACAAAUAUACCAUAAAUGAAAGUCAGAGGCCACCAGAUCGUUCAAAAAUGACUAUGAGAGACUUCAUAUAUUACCUGCCAGAUAACAAUCCAAUGACUUCUUCUAUGGAACAAGAAAAGAAAACUGAUAAAUCAUUGACUCCAGUCCAGACAAGAGAGCAAGAAGGUAAGAGUACUCCUGAUGCUGAAGAUAAUGAAGAAAUGGAAGAGACAGAUGAUGGGCCAUUGCUAGUUCCUCGAGUAAAAGUGGCAGAAGAUGGUUCUAUUAUUUUGGAUGAAGAAAGUUUGACUGUAGAAGUGUUAAGGACAAGAGGCCCCUGUGUUGUUGAGGAAAAUGACCCCAUAUUUGAGCGUGGUUCUACAACUACAUAUUCCAGCUUUAGGAAAAACUAUUACUCUAAACCAUGGUCAAAUAAAGAAACAGAUAUGUUUUUUUUAGCCAUCAGCAUGGUAGGAACUGACUUUUCAAUGAUUGGACAACUUUUUCCUCACAGAGCAAGGAUAGAAAUUAAGAAUAAAUUUAAACGUGAAGAGAAAACAAAUGGAUGGAGAAUAGACAAAGCAUUCCAGGAAAAGCGCCCUUUUGACUUCGAUUUUUUUGCUCAUUUGCUUCAGAAAGUUCUUGCUGAAGAAGAGAAGAGAAAACAAAAAUCCACUAAAAAUCACAAUUUAAACGAAAAGAAAUCCUCCAAACCACGGAAAAAUGUGAAAGUGAAAAAAGUCACCAGUGAGGGAGUUAAUGAUGAUCCAGUUGAGUCUAUUAGUACUACAAUAUCAGACACAGAAAGAUCUCAGAAGGAUGCUCAGACAGUUGAAGAAGAAGAGUCUUUGACUUUAUUGGGACAGGAUUCAGACCAGGUUGCAUUAGAAGAAGACCUAAACCAGAAGAAAAUGAGAAGGAAGAAUCAAGAUGAAGUUAAUGAACAGGAAGUAAAAAAUCUUUUAGGAAAUGCCACUGUUCAGUCAGGCCGUUCUAAAGGAGAAAAACACAAGAACAAAUGUCAGUCUUUAAAGCCUGAGGUAAAUGAAACUGAAAGCAGUAAGGAACAGAAACUUUCCUGCAUACAGAACAUAGAUGACAUUGUGGGAUUAGCCUCCAGUGAAAAAGUUGAGAAAAGAACUGACUCCAUCCUUUCAUCAAGUAAUCAAGAUACCAGGUCAGUAGCAACUGAGUCUUCAGAAUCAAGCACUUCAGAUUCUCCUUCAUCAGAAGUUGGAAUUAGAGCAUUGUGUGAGGUGAAUAAUGCUGAGAGGAGUUGUACAGAAGAAGGAAAUAUUGACCUAAAGAAUAAAUCACCGGAAACUGAUCAAACAGAAAAUGUAAAACUGAUCUUGAGAAGGCGACUCCAAAGACCUAAACCCAAUUUAACAAGGGCAGUUGGGAAGAAAUCAGUUCUUUCACAAGACACAACAGAUGCAGAGAGCAAGAAUUCACAUUUAGAAACUUCAGUUGAAAAGAAUCACUUGGAAAAGGAUAAAAUGAGUACAUUUGACAUUCUUGGAAUAGAGAAUAUGGAGAGAGAGAACUCAAAAGCUGAAACUGUAUCUAAUUUGAGUGAAAAAAUUUGUCUUCAGGAAAAUAAUCAACCAAAGACUUUCAGAACUGCACAACUAAUAAGGGGCCAGCUGCAAAGACCAAAGCCAAAUGUAGGUAAAGCCACUGACAGGAAAGAAAUUCUCAUUUCACAAGAAAAAACUGGGGCCAGUGUAGAAAAGAAUGAAAAUGUAUCCUGUGUUGACAGAGAAACUCCUCAACAAAUGGAAGAUCGGUCAUGUAAAAAUUUUGAAUAUGAAGAUAUCAUAUCACAGCCUGAGGAAAAAGAUACUUCUUUUCAAAAUGUGCAGCCAGAUGAGUCCAAGUCUCUUAAGGAACAUCUAAGCAUUCAAGAGAAUAGUAAAGCAAAUAUCCUCAAACAAGUCCCAAUUCUAAGGACUCGAUUUCAGAAACUAAAGCCAAAUAUAGGAAGAGGAAGUGGAAGAAGAGAAAUUUCCUCAAAGGAAAAGGUUCCAGAGGAGAUCCUUGUCUCUGGUGAAAUGCAAGCAGGUUCAAGAGAAGUUUUAAGUCUAGACCCUUCACCAAGGGAGAAGGUAUCCACGGAGACUAAUACUACUAAGGAAAUAGAGUCAGAUUUAAAAGAAAUGGGAAAAAGAGACAUCUUUCCUAGGGAGAAGAUGCCAGAAAUGAUUGACAUCACUGUGGAAAUGGAAACAGGUUUGAAAGUAACUGGAAGAGAGAUUUCUCCAGAGGAGAAGGUAUCUAAAGUGAUUGAUGUCACUGAGGAAAUAGACGCAGAUUUGGAAGAAAUGGAAAAAAGAGAAAUAUCCCCACAGGAAAAUGCCCCAAAGGAGGUGAAGUCUAUCGGAGAAAUGGAGACAGGUUUGAAAGCAACUGGAAGAGAGAUUUCCCCAAGGGAGAAGAUACCAGAGAUGAUUGAUACCACUGAGGAAGUAGACAUCAAUUUAGAAGAAACUAGAAGAGAAUUAUCCCCACAGGAAAAUGCCCCAGAAGAGGUCAAGUCUAUAGGUGAAGUGGAGACAGAUUUGAAAGCAAGUGGAAGAGAAAUUUCCCCAAGGGAGAAGAUACCGGAGGUGAUUGAUGCCACUGAGGAAAUAGACACAGAUUUGGAAGAAACUGGAAGAAAAAUAUCCCCACAGGACAGUGGCCUAGAGGAGGCCAAGUCUAUAGGUGACAUGGAGACAGGUUUGAAAGGAACUGGAAGAGAGAUUUCCCCAAGGGAGAGGAUACUAGAGGUGAUUGAUACUAUUGAGGAAAUAGACACAGAUUUGGAAGAAACUAGAAGAAAAAUAUUCCCACAGGAGAGUGGCCCAGAGGAGGCCAAGUCUAUAGGUGACAUGGAGACAGGUUUAGAAGAAAUUGGAAGAGAUAUUUCCCAAAGGGAAAAGGUACUUGUGGAGGUCAAUGCCAUAUGGGAAAGGGAGAUUGAUUUGAAAGAAACUGGUGAAAGAGAUGUUUCCCUGAUGGAGAAGGUCUCAGGAAGGAUAACUGCCAUUGAGGAAAUGGAAGAAGAAUUGAAAGAAACUGAAAAAGAAAUUUCCUUGAGGGAGAGAGGAUCUGAAGAGAUCAUUGUUACUGAGGAAAUGGUGGUAGAUUUGAAAAAAACUGGAAAAACAGACAUUUCUCCAAGGGAAAAUGAACCAGAGGAAACUGGUACCUCAAGACAAGCUGAGACAAAUGUAAUGCAGAGCAGUAGCGGUGACUGCAGUGCUAUGCCUUCGCUAGACAUACAAAAUAUUAGCAGUGAAGUACUGUUGGUGAUGCAUACAUCUGUAGAAGAAAAAAAUUCUGAAAAGGAAGUGUCAAGUCACUUAAGUCAUUUGAAGACUUUUUCACAGACUUCUGAACUUGGUAGAACAGAAGAUCAAGGGAUGCAACUUCCAGAUGUUCCAGAGCAGUUCUCAACUACUAUUUUAAGAAGCAGAUCUCUUCAAGAACAGAAGCCACUUGAAGUUAAAUCAGCACCUUUUGUGAGAAGUCGAUUCAAAAGACCAAAACCAAACUUAACAAGAGCAGCUUUAAGGAGAGAGACUACAGAAGCAGAAAAAUAUGUACCUGGGGAGAAAUUGCAGACUGAUAAAAUGGAGACUAUUGUGAUACAACAGAACAGUGAACAAGCUAAUAAUACUCUCCCUUCUCAACAUGAUGUGGCUUCCCUAAUGACAUCAAGAGAAAAAGGCAAAUUAGGGCACAAGAAGGAGGAGGCUAUGAUAUUACCAUGUACUCAGACUGAAAAGGACCAUUCACCUUCACAUUCUUGUAAACCUAAAGAGGAGUCUCAAUCAAUACAAGCCCAGGAAAAUGGCCUAGUUGAUCCUUUGGGACAUGAAAAAAAACCGAAUGUUCAUAGCCCAGCACAGUUGAUAAGAAGGAAAUCCCAAAAGACUGAGCCAAAUUUGGGAAGAGCACAUGGUGAGAAAAAGGAACCAGGUAUAGAAAAAGGCACAACAGCUCGGAGCAAAGCAAGCAAGCCAGAAGAUAACUUGCUGCAGCAAGGAGAUUCUGUCACCCAGUCUCUUCUAAAAGAAAAGGCUGAGCUUCUGACACCUCUGGAAGUUGCAGCAAGAAAAGACUGUGUAGGUUCCCAAGAGUCUGGUUUUGCCAAAAAACAUGCCCAAUUAGAAGAAGCUGGACCAUUGGGAAGUGUUGGAGAGGAAACAGUAGGAGAUAAUCCUAUGUCUUCAGUUGUUGAAGAGCAAUAUGUCAGUAAACUAACAAGCUGUCCACAACUGUUAAAAGAAUCAAAUUACUCUAAAAGUGCUUCGGAUCGAAGAACAACUGUCUUUUCUGCCUCUGAGUGUGAGGUAGAUCAUAGUGAAAGGAGAAUACAUAGAAGGAUCAAACCAAGUGUCACCAAAGGGCGUGGAUCAAAACGAAUUCGGAGUAAGACCUCUAAGAAGCAACCUAGGGCUUCCAAGGCCAUACUGGUGACUCUUCGGGCUUCCCAGGAAGAAGAUGAAGAUGAUGCUGAAGAUUUUGAGCCUGACUAUGACGAAGAAAGCUAUCAUCUUCCCCCAGAAGAAGUAAACAAAGCUCCAGUGUUUGUGCCUAUUGGUCUCAGAUCUCCUGAACCUGUUUCUACUCAAAUUGAGGAAACAAUGGAAGAGCUUGAAAUAACUGUGAAUGUUCCAGAUGUAGGAUGCAUAGCUGUUGUUGAACAGCAGUUCUCAAACACAGAUGUGACUACUCAGGAAAUGAAAAAAGAAGAAAAUUUGAAUGCAUCAUCAUUUGAAAUAACCACAGGUGAACAUACCCAAGAUGAACCAGGUACCAAUGAUGGAAGCACUGAAGCUGCCAUAACUUUACUUGCAAUGGGAGAUCUAGUAUUGCAGUCAGAGAUCAGUACUGAACAGGGUGAUGGAAUAUGUGUACUUCCUCAUGUUCAUUCAGAGGAUAAAAGCCACGUUCCGUUUAGCCCAGAUAAUGUAAAUCACAAAAUUGUUCAUGAAUGUCAGGAGCUGUCUUCACCUGCCGCUAGUACCUCGACUGCAUCAGUUGAAGUAAACAAGGUUGUAUUGGAGGAACAAAGUACUAGAGAAGAAAUUGGUUUAAUGGAGAAAGUAAAGGAGAACUCUACACCAACCAGGGAUGCAACUUCUAAAGUGACCAAUAAUUUGAACAUGAGAAGUAGAUUUGCCAAGCCUAAACCAAAUCUUGAGAAGACUUUAGGGACCAACAGAUUUGGUGUUCAUCAAGAAGUUCCCAUUUUGUGUGUAACCAAAGAAGAAGUAGAAAGUAAAGGAGAAACUGAAAAAAAUGCUUGCAAAGCAACAAAAUUAGAAGAUAAAAACCUUGGACCAGUUACAACAGCAGACAGUAAGGAUCAGAACAAAUUGGCAUGUGUACAUGGUAUCAAAGGGACCAGUAUUUCACAAGAAGCAAACCUAACUGAAAGAAAUGAAAAUCAAGAAGAGGGAUCUCAAGAAGUUCAGAUAUUGUCAGUUGCUCCAAUUGUUCCCUCUGAAACAGGAUCCCACUCAUUUGGUUUGGGUAGGGGUCUCAGUGAGAGUUCUGUUGAAGAGCCCCUAACAACGGACUCUAAAAGAGACAGUGUGCUUACACUUCAUGUGCCAGAGUGUACACCAACUAGUAUUUCAGAAGUCCAACAAGAGAAUGUAAUCAAUCCUCAAGACCUAACAGUGAAUCUAGUUGCUAAUGUACACCAAGAUGGAGAGGAUGAACAAGCAUUCAUUUUAACUCUGGUGGAAAUCCCAACCUGUGCGGUAGAAGGAUUUACUGAUGCUGCCACACAGUUAAUGCCAAACGCUUUACUGCCAGCACCCAUAUUGAUCAAAUCAGUGAAUAAUGAAGAAAGGGAGGAUGACAUGAGUGUGAAUUUACCAGUAGCUUCAGUUGGCCAGGAUGCCAUGUGGUUAUCUGAUUCUGAAAAGCCUGCUGCUGAUUUGGAUAUUAUAUCUAGGAAGAGAUUUCAUUGUAGGCUUGAUGAAUGUGACCAUGUUCCUCCUGCCAAAAAAAGUUCACUCAAUUCAAGAGAUGAUUGUCAAGAGUAUACCUCCAAGGUGUGUUCAGAGGAAUUAACAGAUAUUUUUGAGGAAACAGGGGAGUCUUACAAGGAACAAAGUAUUUUCCCUACCUCAGGAAGCACACAUACAACUCCAGAACCUCAAAAACAGCAACUUGAACCAGGUUUUCAGAGUAUAGGAUCUAGAUCUCUUGAUAAAUUAAUAAAUACAUGUAUAGAAAAGAAUAUGCCUCAGUUACCUCAGGAUGAGAUGGUUGUGUCUGAUAAGGAAGAAAGAAGUGAUGCUGCUUCUAAAUCUGAACAAAUGGAUAGCAGAACAUCAUCUUCAAAAACCCCACUAUCCAGGCCUGGCAGAAGACCCCUGGGAUUUUUGUCUUUAAUAUGUUCAAAGAAUAGUUUGGAGUCUGAUGAACCUACUCAGGUCCAUAGUAAGAAGCGCCUAAAACCUCUUAUACCUGUAUCUAGACAAAGUUUGAAAAGAUCUAAUAGACUCAGUAAAAGCCAGAAAAAAAGUCAAGAGUCCUCUGAUGUUCCUUCUCCAAGUGGUGUUACUAAUACUCAAUCUGAGAAUAUUGGCAGUUCAGCAACUCAGGUUUCUUGUGAUCGGCCCUUACUGAAAGAAAGAUGUAAAAGUGGCCAAAACCGGGCACCUGAAGAGGAGCCAACCACAGUCUCUGAAUAUUUCUUCAGUGACAUCUUCAUAGAAGUGGAUGAAACAGAAUAAAACAUUCUUUUGUUUUUUCCCUCUUUUUUUUUAAGCCUGGGAUUUCCAGAGUCAGUUACAUGAACAACGCAGUAUUUAGGAAAAAACAUCACUGUCUAUUUUUCUUUAGGUUGAUUUAAAAUAUUUAAUGAGCUUGAUUUGAAGCUUUUAUAAUCAGUGGAAAACAUUACUGAGGUUCCUUUCAUUCUGAUUGAUGCAGCAUUUUGGAAAUACUGAGCAAUUAAGACUGCUUUCUCAGACAGAAAUGGCAACUCUUGUUUACUUUUUUGAUUGUUCCUGUGCUGAGCACACGUGGACAUUUGGAACUGUUGUGGACAAAUGUCUCUGUAUAAAUCACAGUGCCGACAUAUUCGCAGAUUGAUUGUAUUUAACAUUUAGCAAACUUCUUUUAUGGAGGUUUUUGUGUUUGUUUUUUUGGAGGGGAUGAUGAAGGCCUUUUCAGUUGCCUCUAAGAAUAUGAAAGUGAAUUGACAAACUCCACUUUAGUAUGGUAAAUGUUGAAAAUUUUUCUAUUAUCAGCUGUUUGGCUGACUGAAAAAUAAUAUAGUUUUCUAAUUCAUGGUGAUGUAACAUUAGUCCCAAUUGAAGAGCUAGUAUUUAAACUUAAUAUUUAUAAAGAUGACAUAUCAAAGAGCUUAUUUAUUUUUAAAUUUUUUAUUUAAAAGGGUGUUCAGUUUUAAUUAAUUUCACCCCUCAUAUUGUGGGUAAAGAAGGCAUUAACAAAUCUGUGUUUGUCUCCUUUUCCUCUUUAAUUUUAAAGAUAUUUUAAAUGAUAUAACUAAAGAUGUUUGGAUAGUGUAUAUGUUUUGAAUACAUUUUUCCUUAGAGUUUAGGAUAUUGACUUUGUACUGUGAAUUUUUUGGUGUUUUUUUUUUUUUUUUU